AGACCAUUAUUUCCUAUCAGAAUGAAGUAUGAAGUAAAACAAGUUGGAUCAGCAGGAAAAGUUAUUACACUAAGUUCAGCUUUGAUGUUGGUGAAUAAACUAGACAGCCCUGUAGAGUUGAAACUAGAACAUAAUGAUCUAUCAGGUCAGUAUGAGAGUAUGGUGAUAUUGCCAGACACCCCCACCCCCUUACCUCUUUAUUCUGUAUAUUAUAAAUUAUGGGCGCGACCAUUUGAACUGUCACUCAACUAUUGUGAGCAACCAAUCAAAUGGCUGCAUGUUAUCAAUAAAGGUCAAAUUGAUGAUAGUAUUAAACAGUGUAAUCCAAUAGAAGGACAUGGCGUGUAUCGAUUCUGUGUUUGUGUAAGAAGAGAGAACUAUCCUACGAAUGAAGAAGUAGCCAAUGAACUGGAGCUAGAAGAUCCAUUAUCAAUGCCAAACAUUCCUGGACAUACAAUCACCUUAUUACCUCCCCUGACGAUACAGAGUCUUCUACCAAUCGAAUUACAUUAUUAUUUAAAACAUACCAAUAUCUCUAGUAAUAAAGCUGGUAAACAGACAGCUAUACAUGGUGCUGAUAUAACUAAAGAUUUUGAAGUUGGGAUUCAUCUGGAGAAUUUUGAGUCAUGUAGAGAAGUGAACAUACCACCCAAACUAUCUUAUAAAUAUCGUGUAAGAUUACGUCUCUAUGAUAAAUUAGAGAGACUAUUAGAAUUAACUAUGAGGAUACAGUCUGGACCUGGUGGAACUAUAGGGGUUUCUAUAGCAGCACCAUAUUGGAUAGUAAAUAAAUCAGGAUUACCGUUAUUAUUUAAACAAGAAGGAACUAAAGUAGAGGCAGCAGGACAGUUUGAAGAACAUGAGUUCGCGAGAAGCGUGACACCGUUAUUGUUUAGUGUAUAUUCAUGGGAUGAACUUAUAUUAGAUCCAGUAUUAAGUCUACAGAUACCUGGUGGAAUGACAGCUAAUUAUAAUCUCAAUCAACUUGGUGAAGGUCCACAGUUAUUGUAUGAAAACUAUAUUUAUCUAGCAGCUACACAGACUUUUAAUAGUUUUAUGGAUUAUAGAGAGAUUCUAUUAUAUAGUAUUACACCAGACCAGUAUCUUGUUUCCUUAUGA